AUGGCGACUGUCAAUGCUUCGACUACUGAUCACCAAGCGAAGACUUUGAAACUGGAAAAUACUGAGAAACGUGACACCUUGAUAGCCAUUGAGAAAAAGUAUCAAAAAGCAUGGCAAGACGCGGGCGUUUUCAACGCAACUCCUCCCUCAAGCUCAGAGACCGUCGACCUCUCUCCAUCAGAAAUCCGGAAGAAGUUCCCCAAAUAUUUUGCAAUCUUCGCAUACCCUUACAUGAAUGGUAGACUCCAUGCUGGACAUAGUUUCACCAUCAGCAAAGUCGAAUUUACGUGCGGUUUCAACAGAAUGGAAGGAAAACGUGUUUUGUUCCCCCUAGGCUUCCACUGCACGGGCAUGCCGAUAAAAGCUUGUGCAGAUAAGCUUGUGAGUGACGUUCAGAAGUUCGGAAAGAAUUUCGAGAAUUAUAAGGAAGAGGAGGAUGAAGCAAAUCUCCAAAUCGGCCAGCCACCAGCUCCAACGCAAGCCCAAACGAAGGACGAUGUCACUAAGUUCUCCUCGAAGAAGGGAAAAGCCGCUGCCAAAGCUGUCAAGAUGAAAUAUCAAUUCCAGAUAAUGCGCGCCAUUGGCAUAGCAAAUGCGGAGAUACAUGAAUUUUCAGAUGCUCAAUACUGGCUAAAAUAUUUUCCACCAUUAUGCAAAUUAGAUCUCAAUGAUUUAGGAGCACGGAUAGACUGGAGACGUCAGAUGGUUACGACCGAUGCCAAUCCCUAUUACGACGCUUUCGUUCGAUGGCAGACCAACCGCCUACAUGGAUUGAAGAAGAUUCAAUACGGUGAGAGAUAUACAAUCUACUCUCCAAAGGACGGCCAACCUUGUAUGGAUCAUGACCGGACAGAGGGCGAGGGAGUCGGGCCACAGGAGUACACGGCGUUGAAACUCAAGGUCAAGGAAUGGGCUCCGAAAGCUGCAGAAGUAUUUAGAGACAAAAUCCCUCAAUCAGCAAGUGUCUACUUCGUCCCUGCAACACUACGGCCAGAAACUAUGUAUGGCCAGACUUGUUGUUUUGUGGGGCCGAAGAUCACAUAUGGAUUAUUCAAAGUAUCAGAAAAAGAGUAUUACGUAGUGACAAAACGUGCUGCGUGGAAUAUGGCCUUCCAAGGGACCUUUUUCGGCAGCGAAAAUUUUCCGAAAGAUAUAAGUGAACUCCCACUGGUGGCGGAGCUAACUGGCUCAGAUGUAGUUGGCACUCUUGUCAAUGCACCCUUGUCUGUACACACCCAAGGAGUACGCAUUCUACCCAUGGAAUCUGUUCUACCGUCAAAAGGCACUGGUGUCGUCACAUGCGUACCAUCUGAUAGUCCAGAUGAUUAUGCAACUGUCAUGGAUCUGACAAAAAAAGCCGAGUACUAUGGCAUUCAGCGAGAAUGGGUAGACCUUGAGAUUCUCCCUCUAAUUCAAACGCCCUCAUACGGUAACCUGACUGCCAAAUUUCUCGUCGAAAAGUUGAAGAUCAACUCGCCAAAAGACACGAAGCAACUUGCGGAGGCGAAGGAAGCUGCAUACAAAGAAGGCCACUACAAAGGCACAAUGCUCGUAGGCGAAUUCAAAGGCCAGCCAGUAGAGUCAGCAAAAUCGAAAGUCAAAGCUGCCUUGAUAAAAAAUGGGGACGCUUUUGAGUACGCUGAACCGAACGGUCACGUUGUCAGUCGUAGCGCAGACGAGUGCGUUACAGCUUUCUUAGGCCAAUGGUUCUUGAAUUAUGGUGAAAAUGAUCCUCAUUGGCGGAACACAACUUUCGAUCAUGUCAAGAACGACUUAGAGACGUACUCUUCAGAGACACAAAACGGCUUCGAGAAAAACCUGGAGUGGCUCAACCGGUGGGCUUGUGCGAGAACGUAUGGUCUAGGCUCGAAACUCCCUUGGGAUCCAAAGUUCCUUGUUGAAAGUUUGAGUGACAGCACCAUAUAUAUGGCAUAUUACACGAUAUCCUAUCUUCUUCACAGCGAUGUAUUUGGCACGCAGCCGGGUGUUCUGCCAAUCAAAGCAUCGCAAAUGACGGAUGAGAUCUGGGAUUACAUAUUCUGCCGCCGUUCAUACUCCCCAACUCUUAAUGAAUCCUCGGGAAUCAGUCAAGAACAUCUCAACCGUCUACGUGCCGAGUUUGAAUAUUGGUAUCCUCUCGACCUUAGCUCUUCUGGAAAAGACCUCAUACCUAAUCAUUUGACAUUCUUUCUCUACAUCCACCUCGCACUCUUCCCACCAGAGUACUGGCCACGCAGCGUUCGGGCCAACGGUCAUCUCCUUCUCAAUGGUGAUAAAAUGUCCAAAUCAACAGGCAAUUUCCUAACCCUCUCUGAAGCUAUCAAAAAGUAUGGUGCCGACGCGUGCCGCAUUGCCCUAGCAGAUGCUGGCGACGGAGUCGAAGACGCCAACUUCGAAGAGACCGUCGCAAAUCAAAUCAUCCUCCGCAUGCACACUCUCAAAGAAUGGUGUGAAGAAGUCCUUUCCUCCGCCGAAUCUAGCAGCCUUCGCACUGGCCCAGCCGACACAUUCUGGGACACCCUUUUUCAAAAUGAAAUGCGUACUCUCGUCCAUGAUGCCCACUACCACUAUUCUAACCUCGACUUCAAAGCCGCCCUCAAACCCGCUCUCUAUGACUUCACUUCCUCCCGAGAUUUCUACCGCGAAGCCACCACCGCUGCUGGAAUUGGCAUGCAUGCUUCCCUAAUCCGGCAAUAUAUCGAACUCCAAGCUCUCAUCAUAACGCCUAUCGCUCCCCAUUGGGCCGACUACAUUUGGCAAGAAGUCUUGCAAACAAAUAAGGGCACAAUCCAAAACGCUCUAUGGCCAAAGGUCGACCCUGCAGAUCCCUCAUUGACAGCAGCCCGCGAAUACGUCCGCGCUACAUCAUCUUCCAUCACCUCAGCAGAAGCCGCACAACAGAAACGCAAAGACAAGGGCAAAGCCACGUCUUUCGACCCCAAGAAACCAAAGAAGCUCACCAUCUUCUACGCGGCGAAAUACCCAGCGUGGCAAGAUGAGUACAUCGAGCUCGUGCGGCAGAACUUUUCCGCCACCAGCCUUUCCGUUGAUGACAAGAAAGUUGGAGAGGCCGUUAAAGCGAAGGGCGGGAAGGAAACGAAGCGUGCGAUGCCAUUCGUCCAGGGGCUGAAGAAAAGGUUAUAUGCUGGGGAAGAGAAGGAGAAGGUAUUUGAGAGGAAAUUGCCGUUCGAUGAGAAGGGAGUGUUGCGACAAAUGGUGAAAGGAUUAAGGAGGACUACUGGAUGUAAGAGUGUGGAGGUUGUGGAGGUGCACAGCGGGGACGAGGAAGUCAAGAAGGGAGUGGUAAGUGCCGGAGAUGGCGAAGGGGAAAGCAGAGAAGGCCUACCGCAGAGUGCUGGAAGUGCAGUGCCAGGUAGCCCGAGUUUUCACUUUGUGAAUAUUUGA